UGUAGUGUACGGUGUACAGUUCAUAGUGUUUCCUAGUUGGUGGAUGUUUAACGGGAUCUUAAUUCUGGGAAACGGUCAAAAUGCCAAUUAUUACGGAGCCUUGUAAUAUUUGCCUGGCAGAUUUUGCAAAUGAUCAGGAAAUUGACGCUACAUGUUGUGGCCAUAUAUUCCACUCGAGGUGCUUACAGGACUCGCUUGAACGGUCCAAUUAUUGUCCUAUAUGUAAAUCUCAUGUUUUUUAUAAGCAUAGGAUGCAUUUACCUUUAUCAAAUGUAUGUGCACAUCAACAAGGAUUAGAGCAACUGAAGAAUGAGAUAAUACAAUAUUUUUUGCUUGAAGUUGACCUAUAUAAAAUUUUGAAACUAAAGAGAGACCUGAAUCAGUUUAAUGAAAACACGGAUUUCCAAAAUGGAGUCAAUAACUUGAUCUUAGAUAUUUGUUACCAACACAGCAAAGAAGUCUUUGAAAGUAAGCAAAUAAUUAAUGAUCUUCGUGUGAAUACUAUGAAAGUUUUGACGGAAAAGAAUGUAUUGGAGUCUCAAUAUAAGAAGAAAAUCGAACAGCUCGAAGCACAAUUGAAUAUUGUUUGUGCACAAAAGAUCAAGUUAGACGCUGAUUUAUCGAAGGCUCAUGCAAGUAUUGCAAACCGCAAUAUAGUGACACAGUUACUUAGAGGUUGGAUCGCGUCGACUGACCAGUUUGUUAUAUAUAAUGAAAUGAUGUCCACACUAGAAAGAAAGUUCGAGGAAUGCAAACAACUGCAAGUACAAGUUGGUGAACACUUAACAAAGAUUGCAGACAGUGAAAGAGUAAUAACAAACUUAAAUACGGAACUCGAUUUUAUCAAGUCUGAAAAGCUGUUUAAUGUAAACAUGUUUAAAAGUUUAUCGCAUAACUUAAGAAUCGAAAAUAUGAAAUUGAAAAGUUCUUUAAAAUGUUUCGAGUCCGUAUGCAAUCAAGUAAGUGCAUCAAUACCAGAUAGUACAUUAAUACCUGAUAUGGCACCGAUACCAGAUAGUGCGUCAAAAUCAGUUAAUACGUUAAUACCAGAUAGUACAUCGAUACCAAAUAUUGCAUCGGCACCAGAUACUGCGUUGAUACCAGACAUUACAUCGUUACCAGAUAGUUCGUUGAAACCAGAUAGUACAUCGAUAUCUGAUAUUGCACCAAUACCAGAUAGUGCGUCGAUACCAGAUAGUGCGUUAAUACCAGAUAGUUCGUUGAUUCUAGAUAGGUCGUUGACACCAGAUAGUACAAAAGUUUCAGAUAGUGCAUUGAUACUAGAUAGUGUGAUAAUCUCUGGUCAAAACAAAGUAGCAUCUUUCAAAAUGAAUAUCCUUCAAGAAGUAAACUACUCUGGAAAAGUGUCAUUUUUGAAGUCUAUUACAAAAACAAUAGAAAUGAAUGCAAAUAUCACGACUUUUGACAUAAAAACGAUUAAAAUUUUGAAUUCGGACAAAAGAAGAUUUAGAGAAAAAUUAACACUUCUUGUGAGAUUUUGGCUACCUAGUCAACAGGAUGAAUUUAUGCGUUCAAGAAAUUUAUUGAAAUUGUCCGCAAAAUAUCGUCAUGUUAUCAUAAGUAAUUAUUAUACGACAGCUACAGAUUAUAUGGAAAAUACAGAAAAUUACAAUGAACUUAAACCAGAUUCCGAAAACAUGCUGUCAAAAUAUCCAGAAUUCGAUUUCGACCUUUACGAAUAUGCCGAAAAGUGUCUGAAAAAGAUCCACUACUACAGUGUUUUGCGUAACAAAAAUCGUAUUUUUGCGCAAAAACGUAGUAGUUUCGAGUCUUUUGAAAUCGUCAGUAAGGCUCAAGUGGACGGAUUGGUAAAAGAAUAUAGAGAGAGAGUUUUCGCACGUAGACAACCAGAAUACACUCCAAGACCACUUAGAGGUUUUUCUAGGCCAUCUGCAUAA